UAACAUGUUUGAAGUUUGUAGGUUAUGUCAUCAAGUGAGAGGUUAUGUUAUUAAACACUUUUGAAAUUAAAAGUCGAUAAAUGGACAGAAUUAGCGACGAUUUGUGCACUUUUUGCAAGAGCACGACCAAAAAGUACACUUGCCCACAGUGUCAGGCGGAUUACUGUUCGAUCACCUGCUUUCAGUCAACCGCCCACAUCGAAUGCGCCGAGUCCUUUUACAAAAGCUGCGUGCUCGAGAAUCUACCGACUGGCCCCUACGACGAUGAGGAAGCGCGUCAAAAAUUGAACGAGAUGUUUCAGAGGCUGCGCGACUACGACGAGGAAGACCCGUUGGAUUCGGACGACGACGAGGAGUGCGAAUCCCUGGCGACGCGGCUGAAGAACGUCGACCUCGACGACACGAAGGAAGUGUGGAAACGUUUGACCGGCGACGAACGUCAGGAGUUCGAGGCGUUUUUAAAGUCGGGCGAUGUAAGCAAGUUGGUUCCGAGGUGGACUCCUUGGUGGUGCCCCGCGAAAAUUCAGGAAGUCGGCGAAUUGCAGAAGCAGUCCGCUCCCCCCUUACUUGAGAACAUCGCAAAGUUCAGUUCGCUAACGAGCAAACCACCCGCAGAAACCGUUCGGUAUAAUUUGGUAAACAUCGUAUGCGCAUAUGUCUUUACUGCCAGAUAUUUCAACGGUGAUUAUUACGAGUUUUUAGGGGAAGCGGUGGGUUGCGUGGUUUAUCUGUCGCUGUGCUUGAAGGAGAAUAAAAACUACAGUGGUUUUGAGGAGGCGGUCGAUUCCGUUCAAGAGGAGUGCUUAAAGAAUGACUGGAUUACUGUCGAUCACGAAAACAUGGAAACCAUGAAGAGUGAUGUCAACGUUAUACUGAAGGGUCGUGCCACGGACAAAAACUGUUUCACAUUAAGCGCCCUUUCCGAUCUGUACAGGUUGAUAGCGGCGCUGAUGAAGGAGAAGCAAGGCACUGGCAAUACUUUCUUGCAAAACUGCCCGAAAUAUAAACUACCAAAGAGAGAUCUAAAACUAUAUUUAAAGAAGCUCGAAUAUCUCUUAUCGUACACUAUGUAUUUUGAUAAAACGACUGCACCAUAACUACGUUAUUUUCUUCUAAUCC